ACCUAGACGAAACCAUUGGUUUACAUUAGUAACAAUAUUUAUUUUAAAAAAUCACUGAAAAAUCGCUAAACAGUGCUCGUAUCAGGCGCGUCUUUGGUUAGUACAGCUAUAAACAGUUGCCGAUUUCCUGCGUUAAAAUUUGCCGAAACAAAUCAAUUUACCUUACGUUAGCUACUGUUAAACAACCUUAAUUGCAUUCGUUUCUCGAGACAGACAGAGGCGCCGCAAAAUCGUGCAACUCCAAAUCAAUUUCUUCCGAUUGCCACCUUACCGAUCAGCAGAUGCCACGGCCACAACAACAAACAACGAACAACGAUGAGGAUAAUUUAAGAAGUCACAAGCCGGUUUCAAUGCCGUCCUUCCCAUGUAGUCACGUGCAUCCCAAGUGUAUCAGUACACAUCAGCAUCAGUGUCCGGUGUAACCCUUUCCAUUUUCUAAUGUGCAAACCGAAUUCUGAUGUGCUCGUAGGUAGCAUGGUAUAGGAUUGGUGGUAGCAAACGAAGAAAUUUACCAAAUAUACACGCAACACUGAAUGUCACGAAUCACGGAAGAAAAGAGAAAAAAGAAAAACAAACCAGAUUAAAACAGAAUAAAGUAAAAACCAUUUGUGAAUGCAACGAACGAGAGCUCCAUUUUCUGAUGUUGAGGCCGAUGUUUGUAGCGUCAGACUGUAAGCGAAAGGGUCAAGCGAAUCGCAAAGCACUUCGGUUGGUAGACUGGUCACAGUAUGUUUUAUUUGCUGCUGGUUUACAUUUUUGCACUUUUGUUUUAAACAUAGGCAUUUCUCAUUGUUCUAGCUGCUGCUGUUGCUGCCCCCGCCGCUGCUGCCGUAUGCUGCUGUUUCUGCUGCUACUUUCGCUGCUCUGCUUCACUUUUACUUGCAACAUACCCUCUUCUACCGCACGCACUAGAAGCAUUAAAGACACUUUACCUAUCCGUUGCGCCCAACCCGUGACCAUCGACGUCAACAGCAGCCCCGUUGCCCUCACUAUCCCUGAUUAUAGUAAAUAUGUUCUCCAACCAUUUCCACUGUCCCGUCCCACUGGCGGCAAGUUCGGGAUGCAGAGAAUGUCCCACUCUCGA